AUGUAUAUCACAACAUCAUCUUCUGUGCCGCGAGUAUUACUCGUUUGGUUCUUCCUCCUGUAUUCCCUUGGUUGGACAGCACCUCUAGCCGGCCCAGCGGAACUUGAGAUUUCGGGCCCAGAUCAGCUCAACGAGGCCCUAUCUCGAUACAGCGGAAUCCGCAAUCUACCUGCACCAGGAGAAGACGACAAAUCCGACAGUUUUCUUAGCGUUCGUGCCGAUCUCCCUGUUGUCCCCGGUGUGAACGAAUGCUUCUCCAAAAUCCAAGCAUGGGGUGUAGCCGACAACCUUCCAGACGUGUUUUUCACCGCAUAUCCCGUUAAUAAGAAUGUGGCAUUUCAUUGGGGACUGGAUUAUUUUGACGAGGAUCUCGGCGCCACCAAGGCAAACUGGAAGUUCGCCUUUUGGGAUCGCCUUGCGGACCCUUCGUAUAUGUCUGAUACAGCUAAUAACUUGAGAACCGCAAUGCAGAAUGCUGGCUUUUCAAAGAAGCGCAGGAAGUAUUACCAAGAUAGGUUUUUGAAGAAUUUCUCUCAGGCUUUCGCAGAGUCGGCGCAUGGGGAUGUCAUUGUGUUGCUGAAACAGAAUGUCGCCCCCGACAAUAAUUGGGACAGCAGCACCACCUGGGGAGGUGAGUGA